AUGUGGGAGAAAACCUUCCUGCUGCUGCUCCACAGUGUCGAAGCUGUAGUGGCGUCUCAGUGCUGGCAGGAGGCGACCUUCUCAGAGGCCGUGGUGUCUCCGGCAGUGAAAAGCAGCGGUAUCCUGUGGGUACCUGACGUGGCGUCUCUGCCGCAGUGCAUGGCGGCGUGCUGCAACCUGCCGGGUUACGACCUGGCCUGGCUGUUCGAGGGCCGCUGCUACAUCCUGAACUGCCAGCAGAAGGAGAACUGCCAGCCCAGAGAGAGCCCCGGGGCCGACUCCGUCCUCGCCUUCCUCCAGAGAGAGUCGCCGCAGACGCUGGUGCUGCAGUCUUUGGUGAGAGGGGAGCCAUACAGCAGCCGCUGGAGGCCCCUCUCGCGGUCCUCUGAGGCCCCCGGGGACCUGGAGGCCCUGAAGGACCUCGCCCUGUUUGACAGGCCCCGGCAGGACUUUUCUGACCCCCGCAUUCUGGAUGUGGAGUAUUCAGAGGGAAGUCAGGAGAUGGGGGGGCCUGGCUCAGAAGCGGAGAUGAUCACCGAUCAGCCGUCCUUGAAAGGAGGAGACGGGUUCAACCAAUCAGAGGCAGAGGAUGGCCCAGAGAGGGGGCUGACUGAAAGCAGCGUGGUCCAGAAUGGAGCCUUCUCUGGGGGGAACAGCAGUCAGGGAGAUGAGGACAAAACCAGGAGCCCAGCAGACCCUGCUGCCUCAGAGGAAACAAAUAAAACAGAAAGCAGCACCGAUUCACCAUCACUGACACCGUUAACAGCUGACUCCACCCAACACGACCAAAUAAGGACAUCACUCCCCACCGCUGCCACACCCCACGGGCCCAUCAGCACGUCCACACAGCCAGGUCGACCCCUGAUGCUGUCCCUUGGAAACCCUGUAGAGGGGACGUUGCCGACAGUUAAGCUUGAUGCUUCAGUCUCUCCUGAAACCACUGACGUGUUGAAGGCGUUUCAGUCAUCAGCAGCCGGAGCUCCGCUGACCACCACCCACCCCCCGACCGGAGCUGUGACCUCUGACCCCUCCGCCGCCGCCUCGACCCCCAGCACCAACCCUCCGACCACGAUGGUGCCCUCCACUACGACUGCUGCCCCCCCCCCCCCCCCCCCCCCUGUUUGUCCAGUGUCAGAGGUCGGGGGGUCAAACCGUGGCCCCGUGGCCAUCGUGGGUCCUGACAGGAAGUUGUUUCUCCCAGUGAGCAGCUUGUCGCUCGAUGGCAGCGGAAGCACCGACGACCGCGGCGUGGUCAGCUACCACUGGGACGCCGUCAGUGGCCCCCCGGGAUUAAAGCUGGAGGGAGUCAACCAGGCAGUAGCCACGGCGACGGGCCUGCGGGUGGGACGCUACACCUUCAGACUGACCGUCUGUGACCAGCAGGGGGCGACAGACAGCGCUUCACUGACUGUCAGGGUCCAGGAAGCCAGGAGUCUUCCUCCCAUCGCUCACGCCAGCGGCAGCCACACCCUCACUCUGCCCAACAACUCUCUGGUCCUCCGAGGCUCCGUGACCGACGGGGACCAGACACAGGUCCACUACCUGUGGGUCAGAGACAGCCAGAGUCCUGCUGCCGGGGACGUGCUGUACAGCUCAGAGACUCAGGCCUCGCUGUACCUGACCAACCUGGUGGAGGGCACCUACCUGUUCCAGCUGAGGGUGACCGACGCUCAGGGGCGCUCCAGCGCCGCCACGGCCACCGUGGAGGUCCGACCAGAGCCUGGCGGUGGGGAGGAGGUGGAGCUGGAGAUGCUGGUGUCGGUGUCUCAGGUCAGCGUGGCUCAGAGGGACACGGUCGUCCGACAACUGGCCGCUCUGCUCCACGUCCUGGACAGCGACGUCCAGGUCCGAGCGCUGCAGGGACACUCGCACCUCAGCACGCUGUUGCGGUUCUCAGUGCGGGGCCCCUCAGGACCGAUCUCUGGCUCCGGGCUGGUGGGUCUGCUGAGAAACCAGCUGCUCAGAGAGAAGAGCGACUACCUGCUGUUCAGAGUCCUGAGAGUCGACACCGUCUUGUGCCUGCUUCGCUGUUCGGGGCGUGGCCAGUGUGAUCCAAUCACCAAGGUGUGCACGUGUGACCCCUUCUGGACGGAGAACCUGAUUCGUCGUUACCUUGGUGACGGAGAGAGCAACUGCGAGUGGAGGGUGCUGUACGUCAUCCUGACCAGCUUCCUGCUCAUGGUCUUCAUCCUGUCCGUCAGUUGGACCUUCAUCUGCUGCUGCAGGAGGAGGAGACAGACCAAGCUGAGGAGGAAAACCAAAUACACCAUCCUGGACAACAUGGACGAGCAGGAGCGGGUGGAGCUUAGACCCAAAUUCAGCAUCAAACAUCGCAGCACGGAGCACAACUCCAGCCUGAUGAUGUCAGAGUCCGAGCUGGACAGCGACCAGGACACCAUCUUCAGCCGGGACCGACCCGUCCGAAGCCGGAACUGGCUCGGCGCCCAGGCCGCCCGCAACGGAAACGCCUUCGGCUGACAGAGGCGCGUCUCGUCCGGGAUGCUCGCACCGCGGCGGCCCCCAGUGGCGGCCGGAUAUUUAACUUCCGAAAGGACUUCAUUACCCAGAAAUCCUGAGCUGUGAGGUCAGUGAAAUGAACCAGUGACACAUUUCAGGUCCAAACGCCUUUGAAGGACUUGAGGACUUACGGCCAGGAAACACCUGUGACUCCUCACGCAGGAUAAAAUAGGUUGAAACAUCCAAAUUUGGGCAAACAUGACGCGUGUCUGCACAUUCAGGACUGAAACUAAAGAAGAAUCAGACAUUUGUCAAAUCGUCUUCCCCAGAGCCAGAUCGAUUCAUCUCUGCGUGUCUUGUACAGCGAAGUCUCAGAUGAGGUUAGCCUAGCUUAGCACAAAGACUGGAAACUGCUAGCCUAGCUCCAACAAAAGAGGAAAAAUGCACCUUCAAAAAAAGCUCCUGAAUUGUCUGAUCUACAUGUUGCAUCUUGUUAGACGACGAGCUGGUCACCAACCAGUCCAAGUCAGACUGAAUGGACCUAGAAGCUAACUCAAAGCUAACUGGACUCGAGGUUUCAUCAUGAAACUUCCCCAGAAACUCUGCAGCCUCUCUUCCUCAUGUAGCAGUGAUACGGUUGGUGGGUGUAGUUCGGCAG